GCAUGCGCAGUGCUUUUUUUUCCUUCUCAAAACACGUGUUGCGUUAGACAGUAAGUCGGUACGUUGUGCUUUGGCGGUAGUUUUGCAAUUCAGUGUAUAGUUUGGGGUUUUUUUGUACCUGAAGCUUUUUCUUCAAGCCUGUAAAGUGUUUUGUCCUCCGUGAAGCCUUUGCCGAGAGGACCUGAUCUCCAGAUCUUUGAAAUCAUGACUGAAGCUGAAGUCAAUCCCAAGGCCUACCCUUUGGCUGAUGCCACUUUGAGCAAAACUAUCCUGGACCUGGUGCAGCAGGCAUCCAACUACAAGCAGCUGCGCAAAGGAGCAAACGAGGCCACUAAAACACUGAACCGUGGAAUAUCGGAGUUCAUCGUCAUGGCUGCUGACGCCGAACCACUAGAGAUUAUUCUACACCUCCCGUUGCUGUGCGAGGACAAAAACGUGCCUUACGUCUUUGUGAGGUCCAAGCAGGCCCUCGGACGAGCUUGCGGCGUGUCGAGGCCGGUUAUCGCCACGUCGGUCACCAUUAAGGAGGGAUCACAGCUGAAACCUCAGAUCCAGUCGGUUCAGAUGGCGAUCGAGAGACUUUUGGUUUGAGUCUGUUUUUUUUUUUUUUUUUUUUACUUCAGUGAAUUUUUUUUUAUGGUUUUUCGUCUGUUUUCCUUUUAUAGUCCUCGCGAUUAAGAAGACGAUUUAAAAGAGGUUAAAUUGGUAUGCAAAUAUAGUUUUCUAAAAAUAAAUAGCGUUAAAUAAAUAACCAAUGUUAGUUUUUUUUGUAGUUUGAUUUGUUACAUUGCUGAAUUAUGUGUUGCAUUUACCUUUACGUUGAUUCUUUAGAGGUUUUUUUUUUUGUACAACCUUUUAUUCUGGGGACUUCAUUAUGCAACAAUAAAUUUUAGAAAGUGUGA